AUGUUGGAGUACCUCCGGCACCUCGUGUCCAUGAAGCGGCGGCGCUACAUCCGCGACGGCUACGACCUGGACCUGAGCUACAUCACGGACCGCGUGGUCGCCAUGUCGUACCCCGCGGAGAGCCUCGAGGCCAUGUUCCGCAACCCCAUGUGGCAGGUGCAGCGCUUCCUCGCCGCCAACCACGCCCACCACUUUAAGGUGUACAAUCUGUGUGCGGAGCAGUGGUACGACCCGUCGUACUUCGGCGGGCGCGUGGAGCGGUUUCCGUUCGACGACCACGGCGUGCCGGCGCUGGAGCUGGUGCGGGCGCUGUGCGAGAGCGCGCAGGACUGGCUGGACCGCUGCGAUGACAACAUCAUCGUCGUGCACUGCAAGGCAGGCAAGGGCAGGACGGGCGUGAUGGUGUGCUGCCUGCUGCUGCUGGCCGGCAUGACCACGGACGACGCCCUCGCUCUCUACGCCGACCGCCGCACCCUCAACCGCGCCGGGGUGACCAUCCCCAGCCAGGUGCGGUACGUGCGCUACUGGGCUCGCCUCGUGGCAGACGCGCACCUCAACGCUGCGCCCAUCACGCUGCCACCGCCCACGCCGCGCACCAUACGGCGCGUGCGGGUGUACGGCAUGACAGGGCUGGAGCGCGUGGACUUCGCCAUCUACACUCUCGAUGAGGCGGACAAGGAGCGGUACAGUGCGGCAGUGGAGCGGUGCAGGGGCACGUGUGAGAAGGUGCGCAUGGGCGUGGUGAGCAGCACCACCGCCACCUUCGUGCACUGGCUCAUCACUCGCCCUGCCCUGCGCCAAACACUCGCCCUCGACAGAAACAACUUGCUCCCGGGGACACCUGCUGCUCCUGCCCCCGCUGCUGCUGCUGCCCCUCCUGCUGCUGCUGCUGCCCCUCCUGCUGCUGCCCCUCCUGCUGCUGCCCCUCCUGCUGCUGCCCCUCCUGCUGCUGCUGCUCCUGUUGCUGCUGCUCCUGUUGCUGCUGCUCCUGUUGCUGCUGCUCCUGUUGCUGCUGCUCCUGUUGCUGCUGCUCCUGUUGCUGCUGCUCCUGUUGCUGCUGCUCCUGUUGCUGCGGCAACAGUGCCAGCAGAGGCAAGAGGAGGCGAGGUGGUGAGAGCAGGGGAGGGGCGGGGGAGGCCGGCCAUGGCGCAGCUGGACACGGAGAGGCCACCCGACCCACACCACCCACCGCUCGAGCACUGCUUCGACCCGCCCUUCACUGUGGAGGGCGAUGUGAGCAUGCGCUUCACGGACAAGAUGGGGGCGCGCCUCUUCACCGUGUGCUUCAACACCGCCUUCACCAAGGGACUCCUCUCGCUGUCCCUGGGCGAGGUGGACAAGCCGACGGGGCGGCUGCUGAGGGCGUGUGACAGCAGCUUCUGCAUGGAGGUGCUCUUCGCACAGGACUGCUGCUCUGAGCCCCCACCCUCCCCCGCCUCUGCCCGCCCUCGCCUCACACAAGCUGGCUCGUGA